ACUCGAUGUCACGUGACCCGUCACAUGAUAUAAAAAUGGCGCUGGGUGUAAACAAAAUAAAAUUGUUUCAUAACAGUUAUUAAAUGUUAUAUAAGCAGCGUGACAGAUUGUCAGGUGUGUGUUUCAAUGAGCCAAUUGUUGAAUUUCAUUGUUGAUCACAUACAAGAAAAAAGUCAUGCAGAUUUCCUAGAAUAAAGUUUUGAGGUGUAGAAUUUUUGGCCACUGCAAACAGAGUCUAGCACACAGAAAAUAUUUAUUCGCAAUCAUUGUUAGCCCAAGGACUAAGAUAGAAUUUAGUGAAUAAAAUCAACCACAUAAUCCCCUGAUAUAACCCACAUGAUAUAAAAUAUGGCAACUGUUCUAGCAGGAGGAGUGGAAAUAUCUCGAAUACUCAAUGGUAUGUGGCAGGUAUCUGGGGCUCACGGCCAUAUUGAUCCUGUUAAAGCAGCUGAUGAAAUGUUACUCUACUACGAUGCUGGAUUAACAACAUUUGAUAUGGCUGAUAUAUAUGGUCCAGCAGAGGAAAUAUAUGGUCUGUUUAUUAAAAAGUUGGCUAAAGAGAGAGGAGAAGAAGCAGUGAAGAAAGUUCAAGGUUUUACCAAGUUUGUACCCAGACCAGGACCAAUGACAAAACAGGUAGUGGAAGCAGCUGUUAGAGAGUCGAUGAAGAAAAUGAAUGUAUCUAAAAUCGACUGUGUUCAGUUCCAUUGGUGGGAUUAUAGCGACAAUAGAUAUAUAGAUGCCAUGGUACAUUUAACAGAUUUAAAAUCACAGGGUUUAAUAGGUGAGGUGUCAUUGACUAAUUUUGAUACAAACAGAAUGAAGGAGAUGACAGAUAAAGGUAUCAUCCUGUCCAGUAACCAAGUUCAGUAUUCUCUGAUUGAUACCAGACCUUCUGUUAAAAUGGCUGACUUCUGUUUAAAACAUAACAUCAAACUUCUUACCUAUGGAACACUGUGUGGAGGUUUAUUAAGCGAGAAAUAUUUAAGUCAACCGGAACCAAAAUCUAUAAGUGAACUAAAUACAGCAUCGCUGAGCAAAUACAAGAAAAUGAUAGAUGCAUGGGGAGGUUGGAGGCUUUUUCAAGAGCUUCUAAAUACCUUAGAUACCGUUGCCAAGGAACAUCACGUUUCUAUAGCAAACGUUGCUACUAGAUACAUUUUGGAUCAACCUGCAGUUGGCGGAGUUAUUAUUGGUUGUCGUUUUGGUGUUCCUGGGUGCCAGCAUAUAGACUCUAAUCUAAAAUCUUUUCAUUUAAAACUAACAAAUUCUGAUAUUGACAAGAUAGAAUCGGUGAUAAAAAGAGGAAAAAAUUUAAUGAGUAUGAUUUGAGAUUGUGGAGACGAAUAUAGAUAAAAUAGACAUUAUAUAUUAUUAUAUAAUCGACUAUAGUCAGUAUAUUUUACAUUAAACUAUAUUAUAAUAUAAUCGGCAAUAGUCAUUAUACAUAAGCUAUAGUUAUUAUAUAAUCGACUAUAGUCAUUAUGUUUGCAAUAGUCAUUAUAUUUAACAUAAAACUAUAUUAUUAUAUAAUCAGCUA